AUGAGAGAGGACUAUGAGAGCAAACUGCAGGCCCUCCAGAAGCAGGUGGAGACACGCUCCUUGGCAGCUGAAACAACUGAGGAGGAGGAGGAGGAGGAGGAGGAAGUGCCCUGGACACGCCAUGAAUAUGAACUUGCCCAGUGGGCCUUCAGGAAGUGGAAAUUCCACCAGUUCACCUCACUAAGGGACCAGCUCUGGGGAAAUGCAGUSUAUCUCAAAGAGGCCAAUGCAAUCAGUGUGGAGUUGAAGAAAAAGGUGUCAGCUAAUAGAAUCGGCUUUGACUCCCCCAUUUUCCACGGCUGCGUCAACGAGCGCCUGGCCGAUCGCACGCCCUCCCCCACCUUCUCCACGGCCGACUCGGACAUCACGGAGCUGGCUGAUGAGCAGCAGGAUGAGAUGGAGGACUUUGAUGAUGAGGCCUUUGUGGAUGACACUGGCUCCGACGUGGGAACUGAGGAGGGAUCAGAGCUCUUCAAUGAUGGGCGYGACCCGUUUUACGACCGAUCCCCUUGGUUCAUUUUAGUGGGAAGGGCGUUCGUGUACCUGAGCAAUCUGCUGUACCCCGUGCCCCUGAUCCACAGGGUGGCCGUUGUCAGCGAGAAGGGCGAGGUGCGGGGGUUUCUGCGCGUGGCUGUGCAGGCCAUUGCAGCUGAUGAAGAAGCCCCAGAUUAUGGAUCUGGUAUUCGACAGUCUGGCACAGCUAAAAUUUCAUUUGACAAUGARUAUUUUGAUAAGAGUGACUUUUCUUCAGUUGCAAUGACUCGGUCUGGGCUGUCACUGGAGGAAUUGAGAAUUGUGGAAGGACAAGGACAGAAUUCAGAGGUUACCACUCCUCCAGAGGAGAUCAACAGAAUGAAUGAGCUGGACUUGAAGUCAGCCACUUUGGAUGGGAAGAUGACAAUGGAAGGGUUCACUGAGGAGAUUGGGGAUCACCUGAAGCUGGGCAGUGUGUUCACAUUCCGGGUGACCGUGCUCCAGGCCAGUGGCAUCCUGCCCGAGUAUGCAGACAUCUUCUGCCAGUUCAACUUUUUACAUCGACAUGAUGAAGCUUUCUCAACAGAACCUCUGAAAAACAAUGGCCGAGGGACUCCCCUUGGGUUUUACCAUGUUCAGAAUAUUGCUGUGGAAGUGACUGAAUCGUUUGUGGAGUACAUCAAAACAAAGCCCAUUGUCUUUGAAGUCUUUGGGCAUUAUCAGCAGCAUCCCCUSCACCUGCAAGGCCAGGAUCUCAGCAGCCCUCCACAGCCUUCUCGAAGAUUCUUUCCUCCCCCUAUGCCACUGUCAAAGCCAGUGCCAGCUACAAAGCUGAAUACCAUGAGCAAGCCCAGCUUGGGCCAGAGUGUGAGCAAAUACGACCUCCUCGUGUGGUUUGAGAUCAGUGAACUGGAGCCAACAGGGGAGUACAUCCCUGCUAUUGUGGAUCACACGGGGGGCCUGCCCUGCCAGGGGACCUUUCUGCUCCACCAGGGGAUCCAGCGCAGGAUCACAGUCACCAUUAUCCACGAGAAGGGCAAUGAGCUGCACUGGAAAGAUGUGCGAGAGCUGGUGGUUGGGCGUAUAAGAAAUAAAGCAGAGGUAGAUGAAGCUGCUGUGGAUGCCAUUCUGUCUUUGAAUAUUAUCUCUGCAAAGUACCUGAAGUCCUCUCACAGCUCCAACAGGACUUUCUACMGGUUUGAGGCAGUUUGGGAUAGCUCCUUGCACAACUCCCUCCUCCUCAAUCGAGUGACACCMUAUGGAGAGAAGAUCUACAUGACCCUUUCUGCUUACCUGGAGCUUGACCACUGCAUCCAGCCUGCUGUUAUCACCAAGGAUGUGUGCAUGGUGUUCUACUCCCGGGAUGCCAAGAUCUCACCCCCCCGCUCCCUGCGCAGCCUCUUUGGCAGCGGCUACUCCAAAUCUCCAGACUCCAAUCGAGUGACUGGAAUUUAUGAACUGAGUUUGUGCAAAAUGGCAGACACAGGAAGUCCAGGAAUGCAGCGGAGGAGGAGGAARGUUCUGGACACCUCUGUGGCUUAUGUGCGUGGAGAGGAGAACCUGGCAGGGUGGAGGCCCAGGGGUGACAGCCUCAUUCUAGAGCACCAGUGGGAACUGGAGAAACUGGAGCUGCUGCACGAGGUGGAAAAAACCCGACAUUUCCUUCUGCUCCGUGAGAAGCUCGGUGACAGCAUCCCCAAGUCCCUGAGUGACUCCCUGUCCCCCAGUCUGAGCAGUGGCACUCUCAGCACCUCCACCAGCAUUUCCUCUCAGAUUUCCACCACCACCUUCGAGAGCGCCGUGACACCGAGCGAGAGCAGCGGCUACGACUCGGCAGACAUCGAGAGCCUGGUGGAUCGGGAGAAGGAGCUGGCCACCAAGUGUCUGCAGCUCCUCACUCAUACCUUCAAUCGAGAAUUCAACCAGGUGUACAACAGCAUCAGUGAUUGYAAGCUGUCUGAUAUUUCUCCCCUUGGCCGGGACCCGUCCGUGUCCAGUUUCAGCAGUGCCACCCUCACCCCUUCCUCCACCUGCCCUUCUCUGGUGGAUUCCAGGUGCAAUUCCGUUGAUCAGAAGUAAGUGUGGUGUAUUCAGAGCAAAACCUCA